CGCUAAGUACGAAUUCCAUUUCAUCUGAACUGAAAGGCAAUAAAAUGGCAAUGCCAAGCAUUAGGUUUUGCAGCGUUCGUAAGAUACAGCGGAUCUCAUUGGACUCCGUAUUGCUAAGACAGCAGCGGAGUCAUUAUUCAAGCAGCUCUGCCCAAGCUCCUUGUGUCGCAGUCUUGUUUCAAGCAAUCGGCCCGCCUAUCAUUAACGGCGUCCGCAAACCUCGCAAACCAGGAGGUUACCAGGAUCCCGGGGCCGACGUCGCCUACACUUUACAGCAAAAGGGUAUCAAGGUUAUAACACGCAGCAAAUCGCCAUCUGUAUCAGCCGACGAAGGCUGGGUUUUUCCUGAUACCGAAGAAGGUAUCUUUUCUGCAGUACAACAAGGAGCAACACAUCUGUGGGCAAAUACAAUCUUAUUUGGUUCACAUCCACUUCAAACCUCAAGCAAGCUCGACCCUCUAGCAUCAAAAAUUUAUGUGGUUGGACAACCACCUAGCUUGGUGGAAAAUUUCGAUGACAAAUCAUAUCUAAAUAAUAAAUUACGUGAACUUGGCAGCCUUAUUUUCCCAUCCUCAUGGAUGGUGACAUCCGAGAAUCUGCCCGAGGUCAUUCAGAAAAUUCACAAAUAUCCGAUUGUCGGAAAACCGGUGCGAGGUCGCGGUAGUCAUGGCGUGAAAGUAUGCCAUAACCCACUUCAAUUACAAAAUCACGUUGAGAGUCUUCUCUCUGAAUCUCCUGUCGUUAUGCUCGAAGAGUUUCUAGCUGGAGAAGAGGCAACAAUCACUGUCAUGCCUCCAACCCCAACUCUACCUCUAUAUUGGAGUAUGGUUCCGGUAAGGAGACUCAAUCACGAUAAUGGGAUCGCCCCAUAUAAUGGAGUGGUUGCGGUGGCUGCAAACUCCAGGGUCGUAUCAGACGACGAGUUCAAGGAUCCUGCUUACGAGAACAUCAUGCGUCAGUGUGAAGCUGUGGCUGAAAUAAUCAGGGCCACAGCACCGAUACGAGUGGAUGUGCGUCGAUUCAAGGAAGGUUCGGAGUUUGCUCUUUUUGAUAUCAACAUGAAACCUAACAUGACAGGCCCCGGACGCCCAGGACGUGAUGAUCAGGCCAGCCUUACUGCUAUUGCAGCGGCUGCAAUGGGCUGGGACUAUGGCACUCUCCUACAGAAUAUUCUUGAAGGAGCUCAGCCACUAAACGCCUUUAGAAGCUAUCGUACUCCAUUUUAAAGCAUUCACUAGCGAUUUUAAAUGCAUCAAUAGAUAGAUAUUAUUCAGUGCACUUGGAUUAUGACCAAUAUCUUUAUUAAAAGGUACUCUUGUUGAUUUACGAUAACUAAUCAAUGCUUUCAAUCACAAACUGGUGCAAAUUCAGAACCAGAAGUUGAUGUAGAAUAUGGCUAUUAUAGAGGAA